UUCUUCGGAAUUCUGAUUUCGUGGGCCGCUACCCGUUCGGAACCUUCCGGAGCUUUGCGCCGAUUUAGGGUUUUCGUUUCGCCUAUUGAUUGUUGGAUUUUGAGGAUAGUGAGGAUCAGAUCUGUGCCUGGUUGGUCUUUUGUCUUGGAUAGAUCGGUCAGAAGAGGGAAAUCGCUUCUGUGCACUUUGGAUGAGUCGGGAUUGGGAAAUGGCGGUGAGGAGACGAAACGCUCGAAGAGGUGAAAGUUUUUUUCUUCGGAGCUGCUAAUUAAGGGAAGGCAUUGGCAAUGAAAUUCAAAAGCAAAGGUAUGUGCGCUAAAUAUCACUUCUUUUACUGUGGCUUUGUGCUCUUUUCCUGCUCGGACAUGGCAUACAAAUAAUCUUGCCUGAGCCAAAUCCGGGGCACAAAUGAUCCGGUUCAGAUAUGGAUCUGAGUUCUGUGUUGGAACUGGAUUUCUGUAUUAGGAGUAAGAGGGACAUGUUGGAGAAUAGAAUUACUGAGCUGGAUUUGUUGGAAAAAAGAUAGAAACUUGAUAGAGGCUAAGGUUGAUGAGGAAAAGUUUUACAAGAUGCAAAUGGAAAGAAUAUCAAGAGAUAAAAGAGUUACAUUGGUGUCCAAAAUCUAGAGUUUCUUGGUUAAGAUGUGGUUACAUCAACUCGAAAAUACGACCAUGCUACCAUAAAUGUAACAAGCGUAAAUAAUGUAGCAGAAUUAGAUAAGAAGCAUUUAUUGAAUGUUUUUGGCUUUCUAACAUUUAGAUUUGUCCACUCUGUUUAGUGAUAACUCUUGCAGAGAUAUCUUAAACGUUUUAGAUGAGAGCUUUCAAUUAACGAUGUGGCAACUGCAAUAUGUAAGAGACUGAAAGAUGGCCCUUGGGCUGGUAAGCUUGAUGGUUCUAAAUUCAUUUUGUAACACAAUGCUGGGGCAUAAUAAAGGAUAAUUCACUAGUGGUCCUCACAGACAUUUUUGGAGAAAAGUAGGUUUGGAUAAUCUAAAUUAUGCUUUCAUUAUGUUGGUGCCAGAAAAAGAAGGUGCUUGUAGAGUUAGAGAUUUUUUUACCUAUUAGUCUGCUUCAUGUGAUGAUGAAAAUUGUUUCAAAGCAUUCAUGGGAUGAUUAAAAUAGCUUCAAGAUUCCAGCCAUUGGUCCUUAGGAAGUUCUGAAUUAAGUCAUUGGCCCCAUAGUGUAUGUGGUUUCUGAAUAACAAGCUGUCAAUGCAUAUAAGGUGAUUUCAGCUUGCUACAGGAGAUCGGGCUAUGGAUUCUUGAUAAAAUUAAUUUAUGAGGAAUUUUUUGACCAAUUUGAAUGGUGUACUGGGAAUUGAAUAAACAAAUGUGGCAUGAAACAAGGAGGAGAUCGACCAGCUUCUUAUCUCUUUUAUUUCUUUUGAUAAUUUAAUGUCCUGUGCAUGAUCAUGAAGGAUAAGUGUCGCACUUUAGAAUUGUUGAGAAGUAAAUUUCAGGGCAUGAAGAAUUAAAAGGGCUGCCGAGAUUUCUUGAAUGUUUUUGAUAAGAACUUUUGAUUAAUAAGGUUACAACUGCAAUGUUAAACAGACAUAAGGAUGGGGUCUGACGUUUCUAGAUUCCUUUUUUACACAGAAUGUUGGGGCAUUACAAAGAAUGACUAACAAAUGGUUCUCACAGAUCUUUAGAGGAAAAGUAGGUCUGGAAAUUCUAAAUUAUGUUUUCAUCACAAUGGUGUCAGAAAAAAGGUUCUUGCAAAGUAAGAGAUUUUGAAUCUAUUAGUCUGCUUCACGUGAUUACUAAAAUUGCUUCACCAGUCCAGCCAAUGAAUUUUAGGGAGUUUUGUAUAAUGUUAUUGACAUUUGACCAUACACGGUCUUAGGUGGUUUAUUGACAUUUGUCACAAGAUAUCAGACAAAUGUCUCUUAACUGAAAUACUUCUUGAAAAUGCAGUUGUCUGAUGUACCCCUGAUUUUUUGGAGACGGAAAUUUUAGUUCAAAAUUGGUUAUGAAUAUUUUGAAAGCUAGUAAUUAGGCUGUUCUAAAUAUUUUCACUUUUCUAAAUUAUUUUUUUCUAUUUCUCUUAACUUUUUUGUUUUUUUUUUCCUCUUCUCCUCUCUGUUUCAUCUUUGUGCUCCUGUAUGGUUAUAAAUGGAGACAAAGGCUAGUGAAGAUCAAUUAAAGGGUCACUAUAAUGUAAUAGUUUAUGAACAACAAAUGAGUUUAGGAAAAGAGCAUGAGAUGGGAGUAAAUCACGCGGAGUGACAUAUCCAAUCGAACCUUUUAAUCUGAAGAUGCGACUUGUCUCCUUAGGAAAAUCACCAUAAGCAGUCUCUUAUGGGAACUCUGCAGAUCCAAUGCCACACAAAUUAGCAAUCAUUUUGUUGUCAAGAACAUUGCUGUGUCCCGCUAUAGUGAUGAAGAUAGUCCAAAGUGGAAGCCCAACGAUUGCCAUGUUCAGUUUUUGGAGGAGGAUUAAAUUGCCAGAUGCAACACUAUUUGUAACAUCCCAUUAGUCCCACAUGUGGGGAAUAUGCAUAAUUAGCUUACAAGGACCUGAUUAGUGUAUUAUGUUACCUCCCACUUAAGCAUUUUGGUCCGUGAUUGCACGGACCAAAAUGGAGUUAUUGACCACAUCCCAUUAGUCCCACAUCGGAAGUGGGGAAUAUGCAUGAUUAGCUUAUAAGGGCCUGAUGAGUGUACUAUAUUAUCUCCUGCUUAAGUAUUUUGGUCCGUGGUUGCAAGGACCAAAAUAAAGUUAUUGGCCAGUUGGCUCAUCAGAUCCGGGUCGUGAUACUAUUCAUUUCUACUGCGGGGUGCAACCAGGGAUAAUGUAACAUCCCAUUAGUCCCACAUCCCAUUAAUCCCAACCUCCGAAAGAGCAGUCUGGAUAAGAAGCAAGCUUCAAGGCUCCCCAAGACAAUAGAGCCAUCAUUGUAGGUAGGGUAAAGAGCACCCAGCGCAAAGCAACCUUUCAUUCCCUUGUUUCGUCGUGGCGAAGGAGAGACAAUAAAACACCUUUCGUUUUCCCCCUUGGGCGUGCCGCCUUUCUUAACAAGCCCUCGAGCCUCCUUUGCACCGCCUUCCUCCUAGAAGCCUCUGGGUUUCCCCCGAAGUCUGGUAUGGAAGGCAUCGAUUAUGCUAUGAGAAGAAACAACCUUAUUAAGUCUUGCAAAAUCAGGGGCUUGCAGAUAGAGCUGGGCGGGGAGUCAGUACUAGUUAUCAGGUCAGAUAGAGGCCUGGCCCGUAAGCUGGCCCCCUUGAAAACCCAUGACUCAUUAAUAAGGAUUUGUUACGCGCGAUAUGCCAACGACUUACUACUUGGAAUCGUGGGUGCCAUAGAGCUUAUCAUAGAAAUUCAAAACCGUAUUACCCACUUCCUACAAUCCGGCCUUAACCUUUUGGUAGGCUCUGCAGGAUCAACAACCAUAGCAGCACGGAGUAAGGUAGAAUUCCCUGGUACGGUUAUUCGGGAAGUCCCUCCGAGUACCACUCCAAACCAAUUAUUGCGAGAGCUGGAGAAGCGUCUACGGGUGAAGCACCGAAUCCAUCUAACUGCUUUCAACCUACGCAGCGCGAUCCAUUCCAAGUUUAGGGAUCUAGGUAAUAGUCUCCCGAUCAAAGAGCUUACGAAGGGGAUGAGCUACAGAGGUCGUUUACAGGAAGCGGUUAAACUAGCUCCGACUCAUGGAACAGCUGGAGUAAUAAGUCCCCAAGCUUGCAUAUUCUGGGGGACCUACAUCUGGCAAGGAUCAAGGGAGAUCUCAUUGUUGCAUAGCUCAGGUCGCAGCAACGUGCCAUCAGACGUUCAACAGUCCGUCCCCAUUAACUGCUCGGUCACUGAUGCCCGGAAGUGUUCAUUGUAUACUCCUUCGAGUCGGAAGGCAGCGGGGGAAAUAGAGGGACACUGGGCGAGAUCUUUCAGCAGCGAAUUCCCCAUACAGAUAAGGGCGCCUAUGAAAAAGAUACUCCGAAGGCUUCGGGAUCGAGGUAUAAUUAGCCAAAGAAGACCAAGGCCUAUCCACAUAGCCUCUUUUACGAACGUCAGCGACGGAGACAUAGUCAAUUGGGACGCUGGCUACGCUAUAAGUCUUCUUUCCUACUAUAGAUGCUGCGACAACCUUUACCAAGUGCGAACGAUUGUCGACUACCAGAUCCGCUGGUCUGCUAUAUUCACCCCAGCCCACAAACACAAAUCUUCGGCACGGAAUAUAAUCCAAAAGUACUCCAAAGACUCAAAUAUAGUGAAUCCAGAAGGUGGUAAGACCCUAGCACAGUUCCCAAACAGCAUAGAGCUUGGGAAGUCUAUAUAGUCUAGCCCGGCCCGGGUAAAGAUCCUAACAACGACGUAAACUACAUGUUUCAAAAGGAGUUGUCUUGAUCUAUUAGUUAGGUGCAGUUUCGCACAGUCGUUUACAUGAGAUUAGUUGAGUAGGCUUGCAAUAGUUGUCUGCUAUAAGGAUAGCUAGGUAGGGCAUUAGAAAUGAAGGCCGACUUUGAUUGUAGUUUGAGUCUUGUAGUCGACCCUCUCCAUGCCUAUUUUCUCUUUAUAAUGUGAUUUUAUUCCUGAAUUCCUUUUUUGGUAGCUUACGCGCAAUAAGAAGGUAUCCUUCCCGGCCCGUAAGAUCGCUUCGCUUCUGAAGAUUCGCUUCUACCGCUUCAAUCAAAACCUUGACAUCAAUCAAUGGCUAAAGCUACUUUGACAUCAAUAAAUAAAUUCAUUUCAAUCAAAAAGCUACCUUGACAUCAAUCAAUGGCAAAAGCUACCUUGACAUCAAUGAAUGAAUGAAUGAUUAAUAACCUAUAUGGGUUCGAGGACCCGUUGGUCAAAGAAUAAAGGUAAGGUCCAGAUUCCAGGACGGAGCCGUAUGACGCGAGAGUCUCACGUACGGUUCCUUUGAGAAGGGUGUUAAACCACAACCUAUCAGGCCCGACGAGCGGUCCACGGAGCUGCAUCCCUACUCACCCGGUCCAUGCACAUUGCUCUUUCCAGGAGGUUGGCCGCCUAUCCUAGAUCUUCCAAUUUCCAAUAGGAUCCCGGGCUCGAUCUGGUUUAGUAUAAAGGUGAAUCUUUUUCUUUUCCUUUAUAUAUGGGUCCGUGCAGCAUUUCCACGAUAUCGUUAUGAUCAAUUAAUGGGACUUGGCCGGAAAGUUUUCUUGCCACCACUUCCUUCGGUCCAAAACAAUUGGGCCCUUUUGAUUUAUUCCCUUCCUUCGAGGAUCUCUUCAAUAGUAGAAUUUAUUGUGGGCUAUAGUAAGUGCCCGAUAUCGUAAGGGGAUCGGAUCCUACUCGAAGCACUUUCACCAACGACAAUAGAGAGGUUCCCGCUCGAACCAGUCAAGAACUAUCUAAGACACUUCUCCACCGAUCCAAACUAACCUUGAGAGCGUCAUACUAUAGGAAAUCCAGAGUGUAAACUUAAGGAGUCAUUUUAGAGCUUUUUCGAGAUAGAUCAGGGUAGGAGAAAUUGUGCAUAAGUUGGCCUAGCCGGCACAUACAUAUAGUGGGGAAGCAAACAUGGCUAGCUCACGAAAGAAAAGAAAGCCUUGCCAUUUGCUUAGCUUGACAUACAUCCCACAUAUGGGUUUGAUACAUCCCCCAUAUAGGUUGGAAGAGGUAAAGACGAACUGCUCAGAAGCGCCCUAUGGAAUCGGAACAGGAGUAGCUUGCUAGCUGGCUUCCUUCCUUGCCUUGCCGAUUCGUUGUUCUAAUGCUUUGAUCCUUCCACGAGUCAGGUGAACUAGAAAAGGUUUAUUGCCACUUUCUUUGCAUAGUUAUAAUGCUUUGAUCCUUCCACGAGUUACUAUAAGGAGUAGUUUAUCGACACUUGGAAAAAGAAGAGAGUAACACAAAAACGAGUAUUUCCUAGAGUGACACUAAAACAAGUAUUUCCCGUGCUCAGAGGCUAUAGUUAAUAUUGACCCGCUCCCACAGGACUUGCUACGAUAGCCGACUUCUAAAACUAUUGAAGAGGGUAGGGUCCCUGCGUGCAAGAAGCUUGAUUUAAUGGGCCAAGACACUGCACCAAGUAACUACGUCUGUUACGCGGUAGCAAGUUCAAAGCGGCAGCCGCCAAGCAACGGAUAGACAAGUAACUACUAGACGCCAAGCAACUACGGAAGACCAAGUAACUACGUCUGUUACACGUCAGUGAGCUAAAAGCGCGGCAAGGCCGCUCCACUUUUUUAAUUACAAUUCCAGUUUUUGGGAGCUAUUGGGCUAACGUUACGCUAAAGUGAGCUAAAAGGGCGUCAGCAGUAGUCAUGAGUCAUAACGAAGUUAUUACAAUACCUGUGCUCUGCCGUUGUGCGGCAGUAGGACAAAUAGUUAAUUAUAAACAAGUUAUAACAAUUCAUGUGCCCUUAAGUAAUUGGUUGCGCGUUAGCGAGUCGGGGACUUACUUUGCUCGAUUCCUGGUUGUGAGUUAAAGCCUCGUGCUGCAGCUCAAGUGUUUUUAUCAGUAGCUGGCAUUCCUGUUAGUAUUUGUUGAAGUUUGAAGCUAGUAAGCAAUAGAGUUAAUACAAAAAAGAGAGUUAGUUUGAGACAGGCGAGUAAGGAUCCCCGGAUCAAUAGCUAUAGCUUCAAAAGCGGGAAAGUAUUGUCAGGCAGUGCUCUAUUCUUGUUAUCAAUGGUUCAAUUGCUAGUUAGCGGCGGAGGGUCUUAGAAGCACUGGGUCUAGUCUCUGUUAGGAGUCUCUGUUAGGGCAGCUUUUAUUCCUGCUAUCAUUGGUGGAAUUUAUUAUUCUAAGAUGAAGCACGAGAUGGCACUUGUAUAGUAUUAAAGGCAGUGGUUUGAUUCCCAGGUCCACAAGUGAAAGUAUUGGCUGUCCAGGUUCGAUUCUAAUAAGUAAUUGUUUUGAUUCCUAGGGUAGUAGCUCCGCUUUGGAGGUAGUAGUUCAAGCCCUAUUAGUAGUAGUGCGAGGCUUAGUUCCCAGCUUCAUGCGUAGAAGCACUAGUGCAAUUCCUAUUAUGAGUAUUAUAAGUUCGAAACGAGCAAGAAAGGAAGCAAGUAUGGAGUUGGAGAGUGAAAGACAGGAUAGUUAGACUUAAAGCGAGUAAGGACAUACUAAAGCUAUCAACAAGGAAUGUAAGCCUUGAACUACGAUAUCUUACCUAUUCUAAGUCUAGUCUAAGUAAGGGAUAUUCCUAGUCUAUUCUUCCCUAUUCCUAGCAAUCCUAUUCUAGUAAUUAGCCUAUUCUAAGUAUUCUAAGUAAUUAGCCUAUUCUAAGUAUUCUAAGUAAGGGCUAUGACUUUCAAUCAGCAUCUUGCCUAUUUCUAUUCUUCCCUAUUCUAAGUAUUCCUAUGACAAGUAUUCUUCCCUAUGACCUGUUUAGCUCCCAAAAACUGGAUUUGUUUAUAAUUUGUUAUAACUCCUGAAACUCCCCUUCCCUUUCCAACCUCUUCGGUUAAGCCUUGAACUCCUCUGUAAACUACUAUACCUAUGUCAACUAAUACAGAUUAAACUAGGGGCCAAUCAACUACUAAUGCAGAUAAGAUGGAAUCUCUAGAUACUUUUUCAUCUCUUAUAACUGAAUGAGGCUCAUCUAACUCAAUAAAGAGACUUUUGUAGCUGACCUCUUACCAGCGCCUGAACCUGACUUUAGAACGGGAACUAGACUCAAAUAGAACUCUUGCUACUAAUAAAGUAAAGAAUUCAACAAGCGGCUGGCUCCUCUCCUAAAAGACAAAGAGAGAUAAAGAAAUAAGUUCUAAUGAGUUAUUCUGGGCUCCUAAUUUCGACCUCCACUCUGGAUUUAAGAUGAGACCUUGCCUCUGAGUUCAAUUCUCUUCUGCCUCACCUCUUGCUCUAGUACUUCAUACUUAUUCUGAGAAUUCCCAUACCUCUGGCUCAUAACUCUAACUAACACCGGCAAGUACUAUACAGUGGAAAACAUUCCUUCCAAAGAACACAGGACAUAGGUACUUGAACUCAUAUGGUACUGCAACCCGACCUCUAUACUUCUACUAAUAAUACACCUCUACUUCUACUAAUAAUCAUAAGGAUCUACUCAUAAGAUAGAUACUCAGAAUGUUCGGCUACUAUUAACACUAAGAAUGUUCGGCUACUAUUAACAGAAUGAGGCUCCUAGGCUAUAAAUACUGACUCUCCUCAGGCUACUAAUCAAGUUAUGGCUCUUUACUACUCUACUACAAGUUUGGGAUUCAACAAUCAAGUAGGAAAGCUAGUAGUUUCAAGGGGUUCUGUUCUCUUAAGUAAUAAUACCAGUGAGCCGGCUACUCAGUAGUUUAAGUUAGAAUUGAACUAAGGAGUUGGCAAGUCGGAAUUACAGAAUUCAACUCUAUAGUCUCAGAUGUACUAAUUGCGGUAAGUGUGUUCGUUUCUAUGCUUGUCCCUGUUACUGUUACUGUUCGAGUUUUAGUAGAAUCCCCUGUGCCUGUUCGAGUUUGAGUCUUCAUCCGCUCGUUCAUUCCUGUAGGCUGUAGUUCAUCCACUAAAGAAUCAGAGAAGAAGCAAGGUAUAAAGGAACAGUAUAUGAAGAAUCUGCAGUGUCGAGAUAGUAUCAACGUUAAGGCCCGGGAAAUAUGAUAAGUUGGUAAGAUUAAUGAGAUGAAAUAGAUGGUGGUAAUUAGAAAGAGAGGUUAACUCCCGAAACUGUACUUGCGCUAGCAGAGUCUUCAUCGUCGGGAGCUAAAGUGUGUUUUAUUAAGGAUCGGGGUGGGUUAGUUGGAGCAGGUAAAGAAUCAUAAUCAUAAGAUGCAAAGUAGUAGAUAGAAUCUGCUGUAUCAGGGGAUUAAUCAGUUCGAAAGGAAAGUGGAGUUCGACACAACUGAAUGGGAAUUCCAUCAGGCCCAGAAUCCAAGUCAGGGUAAGGUGUAAACAAGGCUUUACAGCUUCACGACGUGCUGAAGAAGACUAUACAAAUAAGUGCUAUAAGGCUUUCAUUUAACUUAAUCUUUUCUUAGCAGUGGUCCAAAAGUAGGCUAAUACUCUGUUCAAAUAAGCGUUAGCGCCCCGACCCGAGAGUCAGCUGUUAGAGUGUGAAUUGAAGAAUGGAAUCCUGAGAGCGCCAAUGCCAAUCUCCCGUUAGUCUUGCCUUGCGCAGGCAGGGGAGGAAUACUGAAUUCGCAGAGCCUACUGUAGAUGAAAAGUCCGCGGGCAGCUUAGAUUCCUUUCACUGGCACCCAAGGAGACUCCAUUUAUAGACUUAUCGCUUGCUGCAUCGUUGUCUGAAACUACUGUACUAGAAGCACAAUUGGAUACAGAGGAAGUCGAGAUCAGCUGGGUUGGGAACAGACCUUUAUGAGUUCGGGUAAAACAAGAACGACUCUUCAGGUAGUUUGGGUAAACAAGAACGACUCUUCAGGUAGUUUGGGUAAAACAAGAACUCCACUUCUGGUAGUUUGGGUAAAACAAGAACGUCACUUCUGGCGUGUCUGUUGAUUUGUAUGUUGUGUGUUCGGGUAGUGCUUCCUCUGCGAAGUCAUUAUUACCCUUCGGUAGAUUGGGCGUCGGUCUGGCUUGGAUGGAGACGGGGUGAGGCGUCGUCAAUGGCUACUUGAUUUUGCUUCCUCUUCCUCAGCGCUCUCUUCAUAUGGUCGUCGGCGCACAGGAUCGGUAUUCGCUGCAGCUCAAACUAGUUCCAUACUAUUAUUUAUCAUCGACCCUAAUCAACAAAACCUUGAGUGAGAGACUUAUAUUGCCUUUAUUUCUUAAGAGGGUAAUUACGGUCUUCUCUCAAUACGUGUUUUUCGAGACAGAUUCAUUGAGCCGCUUUCAUCAUGGCACACUAUAGAAUAAGGUACUGCCAGAUUCGCUGAGCUCUUCUCUUUCAUUAGCCUUUUGAUUUACACUAGCUCUUAUUCGAGUUUGUUUAAAUAUUAUAUCUUCUAGGUUGUUCUAGUUUGUUUAAAUAUUAUAUCUUCUAGGUGGUACGCACAUAUCAUAGGUAUUGGAUGUAUCGUUAGUUUGUUUAGAGUUGAAUCUGCUUCGCUUAUUUUGAUCCGUAGCAGAAAAUAGAUCCCUUACCACCACUUGACUAAAUUCUGAAUAUUAAUAUGUAAGUCUAGAAGACAGCAGAUACUAUGGAUCCUCUGACUCCCAAUCAGAUUGCCUUCCCGGGUAUCGCCGGUCUUGCCUGUAGGUCGUGAUGUGCCUCGAGAUGGCCGUCUGUCUCCUGUCUCCCUGCUGGUGGGGAAUCCGCUCCGGGGUCGUUGCUCUGCUGCAUCUGGCCCGUCCUCUAGGCACCUUUUGAAGGCAGGGAGUGUUACAACGUACACGCUUCCUUGGUG